UAACUCUUCAAAUAUUACUGUUAUUAUUGUUAGCAGCGGAAAAGAGACGAAUUGAUUUUGUCGAUGCUAUUUCUCCACAAUGUUCAGUUCUUGAACAAAUCGAAGCACUAGAAUUACUUGGAAGUGCUUUUGCUUGUCGUGAACAUGGCAUUUGUAAUCUUGAAAAAUCGUUUGAAUACUUCUAUCGAGCACUUAAACUUCGAUGUGAACAUAAUCUUCCUAAAAUUCAACGGUUAUCAACGGUCGAAGUGUUUGAUAAUCGACAAGAAUGUCAAACAAUCGAUGAACUAGAAGAACUUCGAUUAAAUGAUGAUCAUAUGUACACUGAAGCAUUACUCGUACGUGAACGUUUGCUUGGACCAACUAAUACAAAAUACUGUCGUUCUCUUCGAUUUUGUGGUGCUCUUCUAGCUGAUAAUGCCCAACAUAAUCGAGGAGUUGAUUUUUGGUUGUAUGAACUUAGCUUACGUCGACAGUACUCAUUAUCUAUUGACAUUAAUGAUUUGCGUCAAUGGGCAUCGGUUUUUAGUGACAUUAUAUGUAAAUCGAUAUCGAUACCAAUCGUGGCUUGGCAAACAAUAAUAACAGUAAUAUUUGAAGAGUUAGAGCAUAAUGCGAAGAACUUUGAUUAUAAUUUACAUACUUUACUCUUCUUAAUAACAAUCGUUAGUCAGAUUGUGUCAAAAUCCAUCAUUUCGCAUGAUGAUCAUAAAAUAUUUUAUCGACAUAUUCGCAUUAUUGUUCAACGUCACUAUGUUACCCAAACCUAUGGAUCUUCUCUACUACAUUUAAGUCUCAAUAAUCAUACGUCUGCCAAUGACUAUUUCAUCGAUUCCAUUUGCAAAUAUCCAUGUUUACAUACCGCUCGUUUGAUUUUACAAUGUGGUGCUGAUGUGAAUGCAAUAGACGCUAUUCGAAACACACCUCUCCAUAUAUUUGUAUCUAACUCAACUAUAGUUGAUGACACUAUAAUUCAAUAUCUUUGUAAUGCUGGUGCUCAUCUAGAUUAUGUCAAUGCUUUAGGAGAGACACCCAUCGACGUUGCAAAGAAUUCAAAUAUUAAGCAAUUUCUUAAAAGUAGAACAAAACUUAACUUGAAGUGUUUAUGUGCUAGAUUAAUACAGAAGAAUUCUAUUUUUUUUCAUGGAAAGAUUGCUAAUUCUCUUAUCAAUUUUAUCGAAAAACAUUAA